AAAAACCCGGCUGCUUCAGUGCGCCCGUUUUGCGUAAACCCGUAAUCGCUGAAGUGAUGAACCUGGAGCCGCGGAGGCGCGCGCACACAGCUCCCGGACAUGCACCGCUUCUGUAGCUCCGACUCGUCCGGCUCUCUGUGGGACUGGAACCGCACAUGGCACUCUCAAAACCCAGAUGUGAUGCCGUGUUUUCAGAACACGAUCCUCAUCUGGAUCCCGUGUUUCUACCUCUGGCUGUUCGCACCUUUUUACUUUCUGUACCUCAAAAGGCACAAUCGCGGCUACAUCUGUAUGAGCCGCCUGAAUAAAGCCAAAACCGUCACUGGGAUACUGCUGUGGAUUAUCUGCUGGUCAGAUGUUUUUUACUCAUUCUGGGAAAGAGGUCACGGGGUUGCCGUUGCACCUGUUUACCUAGUCAGUCCCACCCUGCUCGGCAUCACCAUGCUGAUGGCUACGUUUUUCAUCCAGUACGAGCGGAUGAAGGGCGUCCAGUCCUCCGGGGUGAUGCUGAACUUCUGGCUCAUCGCUUUAGUUUGUGCUACAGUCACAUUUCGCUCCAAAGUCCUGCAGGCACUUGAUGAGCCUGCCUCUGUCAACAUCUUCAGAUACACCACAUUCUACAUUUACUACACUCUGUUACUGAUCUCCCUCAUCCUGUCCUGCAUAUCUGACCAGCCGCCGUUCUUCUCUCCCACUGUCAAAGACUCGAAUCCAUGUCCUGAAGCAGGAGCAAGCUUCCUGUCCAGAAUCAGCUUCUGGUGGAUCACAGGCUUGAUGAGGUACGGCUAUAAACAGCCCCUAGAAGAGAAAGAUUUGUGGUCCCUAAAUUCAGAGGACGAGUCUCAGACGGUCGUACCGCAGUUGGUACGCUGCUGGAACCACGAGUGCAACAAGGUCAAAAGGCCAGAAGACAAGCUGAGGUACUCUUCUAAACCCUCGGCCGGGGCCGAGAACAAAGACGGGCAGCCUAUCGAAGAGUCCGAGAUCUUGAUCUCAAAAUCUCCUCAGAAGACGAGAGAGCCGUCGCUCUUCCUGGCUCUGUGCCGGGCCUUCGGGCCAUACUUCCUCAUCAGCUCCAUCUACAAGAUCAUUCAUGACAUCCUGAUGUUUGCAGGACCAGAAAUCCUCAGGCUGUUGAUCCAGUUUGUGAACGACUCCAGCGCCCCCUCCUGGCACGGAUACUUCUACACGGCUCUGCUCUUCGUGUGUACCUGCGUACAGACGCUGGUCCUGCAGAGAUACUUCCACGUGUGUUUUGUGACAGGAAUGAGGCUGCGUACAGCCAUCGUAGGCGCCGUGUACAGGAAGGCGCUGGUGAUUACGAACGCUGCUCGCCGCACAUCUACCGUGGGAGAAAUCGUAAACCUCAUGUCUGUAGACGCACAGCGCUUCAUGGACUUAAUCACGUACAUUAAUAUGAUCUGGUCUGCACCUCUUCAGGUCAUCCUGGCGCUUUACUUCCUCUGGCAGAACCUGGGUCCGUCUGUGCUGGCCGGCAUUGCUGUGAUGGUGCUGAUGGUUCCAUUAAACGCAGUCAUAGCCAUGAAAACCAAAACCUACCAGGUUGCACAGAUGAAGAGCAAAGACAACAGGAUAAAGCUGAUGAACGAGGUGCUGAACGGCAUCAAGGUGCUGAAGCUGUACGCGUGGGAACUCGCCUUCAGAGACAAAGUGUCUCAGAUCCGAGAGAGCGAACUGCGUGUGCUGAAGAAGGCUGCUUACCUCGCCGCCGUGUCCACCUUCACCUGGGUCUGCGCUCCCUUCCUGGUGGCGCUGUCGACGUUCGCCGUGUACGUGCUCGUGGACGAGAACAACGUUCUGGAUGCGCAGAAGGCCUUCGUGUCCCUUGCUCUGUUCAACAUCCUGCGUUUUCCUCUGAACAUGCUCCCCAUGGUGAUCAGCAGCAUAGUGCAGGCGAGUGUCUCGCUGAAGCGUCUGCGUGUGUUUCUUUCCCAUGAGGAGCUGGAAGAGGACAGCGUGGAUCGCAGAGCAGUUACUGGCUCACCUGAAAGUAUCAGGAUUGUGGAUGGAACUUUCAGCUGGUCUAAAGACGACUCUCCUGCUUUAAAGAGGAUUAAUGUGCGUAUUCCUGAAGGAGCGCUUGUUGCUGUAGUAGGUCAGGUGGGUUCAGGAAAAUCCUCCCUGCUCUCGGCUCUCCUGGGAGAAAUGCACAAACAGGAGGGCUUAGUAUCGGUCAAGGGUUCGGUGGCGUACGUGCCCCAGCAGGCGUGGAUCCAGAAUGCCACGCUGAAGGAGAACAUCGUGUUCGGGCGGCAGAUGAAGGAAAGCUGCUAUCAGCGAGUGCUGGAGGCCUGCGCUCUCCUCCCGGACCUGGAGGUCCUGCCUGGAGGAGACGACACUGAGAUCGGAGAGAAGGGAGUGAAUUUAUCUGGAGGUCAGAAGCAGCGUGUCAGUUUGGCCCGAGCUGUGUAUUGUGAUUGCUCGGUGUAUUUGCUGGAUGACCCGCUGUCCGCCGUCGACUCCCACGUUGGGAAACACAUCUUCGAUAAGGUCAUCGGCCCUCAGGGUCUGCUGCAGGGAUGCACGCGUGUGCUGGUGACCCACGGGCUCAGCUUCCUGCCUCAGGUCGACCUCAUCCUGGUGAUGGAGGACGGACAGAUCACGGAGGCGGGCUCGUACACGGAGCUGCUCGGCAGACACGCUGCCUUCGCCGAGUUCCUGCGCUCUCACACCAACGCCGAGCAGGAGGAGGAGAGCGAGGGGGUCGGAGAGGAGGGAAGAGAGCAGGAAGAGCACAGUGAGAAACCUGAAGAUACCGUUACCCAUUCUCCACGGAAAACGCUGGAAAACGGCGGGCAAGCAGCUCUGCUGAGACAGAGCCAGGUUUCCUUAAACGCAGCAGGAACAGUGAAGCAGAAAACGGAGACCAAUGAUAUCAAAGAGCAGAAAACAAAAUCCCCAGACGGGGCCAAACUGACCGAGGCAGAUAAAGCCAAGACCGGCAGAGUGAAGCUUGCCGUGUUCUGGGAGUACAUGAAAGCCAUCGGGGUGUGUCUGUCCGUCUUCAGCAUCCUCCUCUUCUUCGCUCAUCAUGCAGCGUCUCUGGGAUCCAAUUACUGGCUCAGCUUAUGGACUGAUGAUCCGGUCAUUAACGGCACUCAGCCCAACAGAGACCUGCGACUGGGAGUGUAUGGAGCGCUGGGUCUCACACAAGGCAUUGCCGUGUUCUCUUACUCCAUCUCCGUGUCUGUGGGUGGGAUCCUGGCGUCUCGCUAUCUCCACGAGACCAUGCUGUAUAACGUCCUGCGCUCGCCCAUGGCGUUUUUUGAGCGCACUCCCAGCGGGAACCUGGUCAACCGUUUCUCCAAGGAGACGGACACCAUCGACUCUGUGAUUCCCAGUAUCAUCAAGAUGUUCAUGGGCUCCAUGUUUAACGUGCUGGGAUCUUGCAUCGUCAUCCUUGUCGCUACGCCGCUCGUGGUCAUCAUCAUCCCUCCUCUGGGACUCUUCUACUUCUUUGUGCAGCGCUUUUACGUGGCCUCGUCUCGGCAGCUGAAGCGUCUGGAGUCGGUGAGCCGCUCUCCGGUGUAUACGCACUUCAACGAGACCCUGCUGGGUACGAGCGUGAUCCGCGCCUUCAGAGUGCAGGAUCGCUUCAUCGGCGUGAGCGACAGCCGAGUGGAUCACAACCAGAAAGCCUACUACCCUAGCAUUGUGGCUAACAGGUGGUUAGCAGUGAGGCUGGAGUUUGUGGGGAACUGCAUUGUGACGUUUGCUGCGUUUUUUGCCGUCGUGUCCAGAGACAGCUUGAGUCCAGGCAUCGUGGGACUCUCCAUCUCCUACGCCCUGCAGGUCACUGCAUCUCUAAACUGGUUGGUGAGAAUGUCGUCGGAGUUGGAGACCAACAUCGUAGCCGUAGAAAAAGUGAAAGAGUACGAAGAAACGGAGAAAGAGGCAGAAUGGAAACUGGAGAAAAGCUCUGUUCCUGCUGGAUGGCCCACCCUCGGCCACAUUGAGAUCCAGAAUUUUGGCCUGAGGUACCGACAGGACCUGGAACUGGCCAUCCAGGACAUUAACGUGACCAUUGAGGGAGGAGAAAAGGUGGGAAUUGUGGGUCGGACCGGCGCAGGGAAGUCGUCUCUGACUCUCGGAUUGUUCCGGAUCAUCGAGGCCGCUCAGGGAGAGAUCUGUAUUGAUGGAGUGAACAUCGCUGAGCUUGGCCUUCAUGAACUGCGCUCCCGCAUCACCAUCAUCCCACAGGACCCGGUUCUGUUCUCCGGAUCUCUGCGCAUGAACCUGGACCCAUUCAAUGGAUACUCUGAUGAGGAGGUGUGGAAAGCUCUGGAACUUGCACAUCUGAAAAGCUUUGUGUCGGGUCUGCAGGACAAACUGAACCACGAGUGUUCUGAGGGAGGAGAGAACCUCAGUCUGGGUCAGAGGCAGUUGGUGUGUUUGGCUCGAGCUCUCCUCAGGAAGACGAAGAUUUUGGUUCUGGAUGAAGCCACAGCAGCCGUGGACAUGGAGACGGACAAACUGAUCCAGUCCACCAUCCGCACACAGUUCGAGGAGUGUACAGUGCUGACCAUCGCUCACCGCCUCAACACCAUCAUGGAUUAUACACGGGUGUUGGUUCUAGAUAAAGGCCAGAUGGUGGAGUUCGAUUCUCCGUCCAAUCUUCUUGCGAAAAGAGGGAUCUUCUACAAGAUGGCCAAAGACUCUGGUUUGGUCUGACUUUGGCCUUUAAAAAAAAAAAAAAGUCACUCAGGAUGUCCUGAUCUAGAACACGACUUUCACUCCAGAAUUAACUUUCGAUCAUACAGUAGAACACUGAUCUCACUUCAGAACCCAUGGUCCAUUCUAGAACCCAGGUUUCACCACCUGUUCUAGAACGCAGCUGUCAAUCUGGAUUGUACCGUCCAUUCUAGAACACAGCUCAACUCUCAUGCCAGAAUAUACUUUCCAUUCUAGAACAAGGCUGUGGGCGGAGCCUGUGGAGAGACGCACUUUCUCUUUAGCACUUUCCUUCCUGCUGCUGGACAAACUGUUACUGUAGAGAAAGACUCGACUUUUUCACACCAAAAACAAGAUUUAGUCUGAUGUUUAUUUUUUAAGUUUAAAAAAAAAAAAAAGGGAGAAUUGUAGUUGUUUAGUUUAUAAAUCAUAUAUGUUUUUCUUUCUGAACCUUGAGUCUGACGGUGAGUCAGAGUCGUUAAGGUAAGGUUUAUUAAAGGCUUUUUUUAUUACAGCUCAAGCUUUGGAACAAAACAAGGCCGACUUGGUGCACACGCACGCACGCACACGCUUUGGACAGGUGAAGCAGGCCAAAGAUUAUCAACCAGGAAAUGAAUUUAAUCGACAGAGUCCUCUCAAGUCUUUGCAUCAUCUAAUAAAUAAAUCAGCCGUUUUUGUCGAAGACUACAAAAAGAUAGGAAAGUGGCGAUGAUCUGCGGUGUGUUUGAUGCAAACUCCGUUGACACUAGCAAGCUGAAUUUAAAAUUUGCAAUGAUGCCAUAAAGCAACAAUCCAAAAAACAAUCUAUCCACAUUCACUGGAUUUUGAGAAACAGCUUUUUAUUUAAUUUAUUUAUUUUUUUGCAAAAUCAAUAAAUAAAAAAAACUUUAUACAAAGUCAUUUCUGCUUAGAACGUAAACAAACCGGCGAAAUGACGGAGCAAUUUGUGAAAAAUGCAAUAAUAAUUCUUGAAAAAUAAAAAUACGUUCUUACCAUCAAAUACUUUUAUUCCGUAUUUUGUUGGUCCCAUCCCCCCGCCCCCCCCAUCCGCAGUAGGUUCAGCAGUACGCUCUGCUAUUUUGGUUUUUCUCUACUCAUGGUAUACGAGCUGAUAUCCUAGUAGUUGAGUAGCCAAUCAGAGCGUGUGAUUGCUCAUAUCCAGUGAAUGUGGAUGGAAUAAUCAGUGUUGCUAACUUCAUCUGUCAGUGUUUUUUAAUUUUACAGUUGAUCGGUGUAACCAGCCAGUCUUUUAUCACAAGUUAUAGGAAUAUUUAGACCUCAUGGCAUUGUGUUGCCUUCUGAUAGAUUGGGAGGAUUCUCCAAUAGGCUGCUUAUCUAGGCUCUUCAGUCCUGAAUGGGACACGGCAGGGUGAUUGAUGAUGAUUCAACAGAGCUACUGAGAUGAAACAGUGGUUACGUACGGAAUAAAACAUCUUUGUGUCAUGCUGUUCUAGGAAACUAAUCCGUGACAGGGUUAUACUGUAGUUUUCUAUAACAGCACCUCCUGAAGUGUUUUUAUUCCUCUUGUACUAGUUUCUCAUUCCAUUUUAAUGUAGAAUGUCUGCAAAAUAAGUUGCUUUGUCAAGACUUGUCAGCUAUAAACAUUCGUUCCCCUUCCAGGCUCGUUUUUUUUUUUUUAAAUGUUGAUAAGAUGAAGGAAAAAAAGCAGAAAGUCAUCAAUGUCAAAGUUGCAGCUUUUACCUUUGAAUGUUAAAGCACUGACACUGGAGACUCCUUACAGAAAAUUUCAGAAAGCCACUUUAACCAUGAUACGUGUAUGUUUGAAUAACGACCCUCUGAAUGAGCUGUUACUAUGGCAACGAAAACCUAUCAGACGAAGCAAAUUAUUGAGCUAUUUAUAGAAAAUGAAUCCAAGUGUGUGGUUUUUAUAUAUAUAUAUAUAUAUAUAUAUAUAUAUAUAUAUAUAUGAGUGAUUCCACGCUUAUGGGUACUGAAAUGGGGACAUGAACUUAUUUUUAAAAAUUCACCUAAAACCAUUUCUUUUUUUUUUAC